AUGGAACACGCGGGAGCAGAAACGCCGCAGGGGCUCCGCAGGAGCCGCCGCCUUCAAGAGCUGGAGCUGCUGAGGCAGCAGCAGCAGCAGCAGCAGCAGCAGCAGCAACGCGAGGAGCAGCAGCAGCACUUGCAGCCCUACGGGCUGGACCAGCUUAGGUUGCUGCAGCAGCAGCAGCAGCAGCAGCUCCGCCUAGGUACUUUCGCGGAGGUCCUAGGCCCCGCUGCGCAACUAGAGCAGCAGCAGCAGCUGCAGCAGCAGCAGCUGCAGCAGCAGCAGCUGCAGCAGCAGCAGCAGCAGCAGCAGCACUGGGCGCAGCAGCACUUCGCUGAAUUUGGCUCAGCUGCGGUGUAUCAGCAGCGGAGCCUCUCAGCUGCUGCCCUGCACAUACACCAGCAGCAGCCCCUGCAGCAGCAGCAGCAGCUCCAGCAGCAGCAGCAGCAGGAGCUGCUGCUGCAGCCGAAGCAAGAGCUGCAGCAGCAGCAGCAGCAGCAGCAGCAGCAGCAGCAAAGCAGCCCCAGCGCGCGCAUUCUGAGGCGGCAAGAGCCAGGUGGCGGGAUGCGAACACGGCUGAGCUGCACCUUUGCUGCAAAGCCAGCCGAGGCAGCAACAGCAGCAGCAGCAGCAGCAGCAGCAGCAGCACCACCACCACCAACAGCAGCAGCAGCAGCAGAUGUUGAGGAGGCCUUUCAAUACAGCUGCGGAGUACCUCUCAACACAGCAGCUGUUGAGAAUUGUUAUUCUGCUGCUGCUGCUGCUGCUGCUGCUGCAGCAGCAGAAGGAACACCACCACUGCGCAGGAUGCCAUCCCCAGCAGCACCAGUUUCCGACGCCAGAGCAGCAGCAGCAGCAGCAGCAGCAGCAACAGCAGCAACAGAAGCAACAGCAGCAGCAGCAGCAGCAGCAGCAGCACAAUUGUCUGCAGCCCCUACCAGAUACAGCAGCAGCAGCAGCAGCAGCAACAGCAGCAGCAGCAGCAGCAGCGGAGUCUCUCUGCUGCAAGCCGCUGCUGCUCAUAGAGGGAUAAGCUUCAGAAGUAGCAAUGAACCGGCAGCAGCAGCAGCAGCAGCAGCAGCAGCAGCAGCAGCAGAAGCAAGGGCGCUGCCGAAGAUGCACUACCGCCGCAGCAGCCGCAACUACGGCAGCAGCAGCAGCAGCAGCAGCAGCACCGCAGCUGCUGCGUCUGAUAGGGAACUGAUAUGUUUGCUGCAGGCUCAAAACCAUUUGCUGCAGCAGCAAGUGCAGCAGCAGCGAAAGGAAAGGCAGCAUUUGCUGCUGCUGCUGGCAGGCACCCUCGGUUUGCUGCUGCUGCUGGGAAUCUCCUUUUUGUCGGGUGCGCCUGGUGGCCCUUUGCCUCGAAUGGCUUCUAGUUAG